UUGCGAGCGCGGAACAGCGCGGUACUGCCGCCUCGCGUCUUGAAUUUUAAAUUUGUUUUGUGUCAUUUGUGUAACAAUCUAAGCGGCGAGAUGUCUAGCUACGCUCCAUACACCACCGCGGCAGCCGUGACCGCCGGCGUGCUCGGCAGCGCGUACUGCGCUUACCAUAUCUACCAGCGCAGCAAGCCCAGACUACCCACCGAGUGGACACAAGUCGGCACGCUUCAGAAGAUAUACACUUAUCCAAUCAAGUCAUGCGGCCCUGUUGUACUUGAAACUGGAGAAUGCUCCACGUUGGGACUGAAGGACGGGUGGCUGAGAGACAGAGUACUAAUGGUGAUAGACGAGAAGGACAACUUCAUCACAGCCCGGGCGUAUCCAGAGUUGCUGCUGGUGUCGCCGUGUGUGCGCAGCUCCGUGCUCACACUCACACACAAACAUGACCAGGACGUCCCCCCUGUGCACGUCAACUUGGCAGAGGUGAUCGCGCUACAGAAGCCAAUCGAAGCCAAGGUGUGGGGCGUGCCAGUACCCGUCUUUGACUGCGGCAAGGAGGUCUCGGAAUGGUUUAACAAACUUUUGGGCCGUCCUUCGAAUACUUUCCGCCUAGCGUACUACGCCACCCAGCAACCUCGGCUACAGAGGAACACCACCAACAAAAUCUACAAGUUUACUAAGAAUGAUACGGGGGCUCUCCCAGACGAAACUCCGUUCAACUUGAUUAACGAGGCAUCAGUAGAAGAACUGAACACACGCCUGCAGCUCACGGACCGCGUGUCUCACCGCUGUUUCCGACCUAACUUCAUACUGCAAGGGGCGCGAGCUUAUGCUGAAGACAAUUGGAAGUUCCUUAAGAUAGGGAACGUAGUGUUCGAGAUCUUGAAGCCGUGCACCAGAUGCGUACUGACAACUAUUGACCCAGAGACGGGCGUUCGUAAUGCGAACACCGAGCCGUUGGAAACUUUGAAAAGCUACCGUCAAAUCGAGGACCCCGAAGUGCGCCGCUCGGCCGGCAACUCCCCGCGCAUGGGGCUACAGAUGACGCUCCGCUCGGGGCCCGGCGAGUGGGUCAAACUCAACGAUCCCAUAUACGUCGCGUGAAUGUACGGAGCGUGCCUGAAUUUUAGGGGGCACAGGAACCCACUGUUUAUGUGAAGUGUCAAUGUAUAGCUUAAGUUUUUGAUAUAGAAAUAGUUAGAUGGAUACUUUAUCCUGACAUUAUCAGGUAACCGCGUCCAUCUACACCCUGCGACUCCUGUGUGCAUCACGCUCCCAAUCUCCCAACUC